AGUUGUCAGGCAUUCAGGAAGAAUCCAAGCAUCGAGAGAAACAGAGUGUAAAAAAGAACACAAAAAGUUCGUAACUUUCUUUUAAACAACUCUGAAGUGACGACUAAUUAAGAACCAAAAUGAAGCCAAUCAGCAUCGCGUGCGCCGUCAGCGUCAUCAUCGCGUGCGUCUGCGUCAUGAAUAAUGCAGCAGUACCUUUCUCUCAGCAUGAGGUACAGCUGGAGGAGCCUGUGGAAACCUACGCAGCUCAGAGACAGGAUCAUGGUGAAGCUGCAACCCUGACAGAGGAGAUGGGUCCUGAGGUGCUGUUCAGGACAAAGCGCCAGAGUCACCUGUCUCUGUGUCGAUACUGCUGCAACUGCUGUAAGAAUAAAGGCUGUGGGUUCUGCUGCAGGUUCUAAUAACACAGAACACAAGCAAGUUUCAUCUCUCAAGAUGGGACAUUAACUUAUUUAUCCUGCUGGACUGAUCUUAUUUCUCUGUCAUGUUGAAUUCUAAUGCUUGGAAUUCUCCACCUGCUAAAUGGAUCGAACACUUCGGGUUAAAAUGUUGACCCAUUUUUUCUACACACUGAAGCUGAGAAGGCUCGAGAUUAUGAUUGAAUGUGUUUGUGUUAUGAGAUCAUCAUUCUAAAAAAUUUACCCAGAAACUAUGAUUACUAGUUACUAUUAAACUAAAUUCAUACUAUUAGCUCCAUGCAUACUGUAUAGUGAAGGGACAUAGCCAGUCUUUUUAAAAAAAAAAAAAAAAUUCUGGGGAAAACAAAUAACGUCUAACUUCUGCUAUUAUACACUGCCAACUUAUAGUAUGUCACAAUUUUGUCAAACAUUAGAAAAUUCAAUCACAAACUUGAUCAUGUGACAGGAAAAUUUUAAUUAGCUUGCUGACUAUAUACUACUGUAGCUACACCUAGCUUCAGGGUGCUACACCUUGAGAAUUAUCGUUAAUUGUAGCUAAGAUAGCAUAAUCACAGUUUGUAAUAUAGGUAGCUAGCUAGCUAAUCAGGCAUUGUUAAAUAUUUCUAUUUUGCAUAGUGUCAAACCUAUUAAUCUAUACAAAUAGGUAAUGGUCAUGUCACAUGAUUAAGUUUGACCCGUUGACCUAGGGAUGUAAAUGUAAAUUAAUUAAACUGUUAGCUUAGCUACAUAUUUGUGAGUAGCUAAGUAUUUUUUUACUCAUUGCCUAAGCAAUUGCCUGUUGUAAAUAUAUGUCAAAUUUUGUAGUAAGUUUGUAAUAAACACUUUUCCUACAA